CAUGUCCGAAGAUUACCGGUACAUGUUCGAAGGUGACGACGAGGACAACAUGUCUACGACGGAUGCAGAGAAGGGCGACGAGGGGUCAGGAUUGCAGAAGCGGAGGAAAAAGCGUCCGUGUGUCCUCCUGACAGACGAGCAAGAAAGGAUGUUAGGGGAGUGGUUGCAGAAGCACCCUUUUUUGUACGACAGGGGGCUCAAUGACUUCAAGGAAGUGGCCAAGAAGACGCGGCUCCUUGCUGAAAAGGCCAAGUCCCUUAAUCCACCUUUGACAGGAUCUCAGCUAAGUACCUGGUUGAAGUCUACUCGCACCAGGUAUGGGCGGCUGACAAAAGUAAAAAACGGCCAGGUAGCAAAGAGGGACCUGACGGAAAGGGAGAAGUGGAUUCUCUCUGAAUUUAAAUUCUUUGGGAAGCACAUUGUCCGUCAGAAGAAGCCCAAGACCCUUAGAUCUAAAGAGUCUGCUGCUGUUGCUGCCACUGCCCCUCCUGAGGAACCUGGCAAAGUAGUUGUGUCUGCUGGUGGGGAUGAAGACGAGGUGACAGUCAUCCCAGCCAUUGAGGAACAGGGGCUUAAGAACAAGCAGAGGUGUGAGCCGGUGAUUGAAAAUGCAGAGGCAACAACCAAAAAGGUGAUUUUGGAGAUCGAAUCUAACCCAAAGGAGGCCUACUGGAAUCUCCACCUGAAGAAGGUUGCCAAGGAUUGCACUGAGAUUGACUCUUUCUUCUAUCCAUACCUGCAGACGGAGAUCAGUUUUUUGGUGCAGAAACUGCAGAAGGCCACGAAAGAAGGAAGACUGACAGCCAGUUUUGAUUUGUUCCCGAGCACCAGACAGACAUUUUUGGAAAUGGAGCAACAGUCGUCCACUAGAUCUUUUCCUUCUCACCCUCCUGCACCUGUGCCUGCACCUACACCUGUGCCUGCACCUGUGCCUGUACCUUCCUUUGCGCAACCUGAGCAAGUUUACCAGAUGACAGGGCGCCAACUGGCUAUGUAUGUCCAGAGUCAGCGCGUGUCUCCAUGGCCAAGCCAUUCCCCUGUUGCAGGGUCUUCUGCGCCACUACAUACUCCUGCUAUGCCACCAGCACCUGCGAUUGCUGUGGAUCUUCAUAAUGUUAGCCUCCCCACUUCCAGUUUCUUUGAUGCCUUAAUACCAACUAGUUCAAGUGCCACUUCGACUGUUGUGUUGGAAAAGACGAUGCCUCCUAGUUCAACAAAUUAGUGUAUUUCUGUUUUGUGAGUUUUUUUUCUUUUUGUGUUUUGGUAAAUUUGUUAUAAUAAUGAAAAUAUAUUUGUUCCUACACGAUAUAGUACAAACCCGCAGUCCUUUAGAAAAUACUUUCAGCAAAGGCUGGGAAUGACCUCUAGACUUUUAAAUAAGGUGGGUAGGCAGUUAACUACCGUUUGUUUGGUUGGAAUCCCAUCCUGCCCUAACGUAUCUACUACAUUCCAAUUUGCUUUCAGCCCUCGUCUGAUGUGCCUGUGUUUAAAUCACGCUCUCGCUGAGUGUCGCCAACCAUUUUUUCCUAGUGGGAUGUUUCUUGUUUUGUCUGUUGGUGUGCUUGUUAUUAUUGUAUAGUAAAGUAAACCCUGUAUUUGCACCCUCAAGAUUAGCUUACUCACCUGUUCGCUGAUUUUUCUAUGGAACCCGUAUAUAAAUCAUUCGCAAAUAAUUCAGGAAUUUGUGGACUUUUUCGUCGAGAAACAUUCACUAAUUUAGUCUAUUUUUUAUUUUCAUGACUUAAUAAAUUUUUAUGAUAAAAAUUAUUUACUAAUUUUCAAAUAUUAAUAUCAAGUUUAAUACUAUGAUUAAAUAAUUACAUUGAAUAAUAAAUACGUAAUAUAAUAAAUAAUAAUUUCUCUCUCUCUCUCUCUCUCUCUCUCUC